AUGGAGCACAGCAUUCUCCCCACGUUUUCCUUCUUCAACGCGCGUGCCUUUUACGCCAAUCACGUCGGCACCGAGUGGUUGAAGUGGGUGAGACGCAUCGAGAACUUCGUGGUGGCCUGCGGAAUCACAAGCGACGCCCAUAAGACCGCUUUGCUGCUACACUACAUCGGGGAGGAAGUCCAUGACAUCUACUGCGCGCUUUUCGAACCUCCUGCGACCGCACCGGCGGCAACAGCGUCAGCUGUCUCAAGCACCGCUGGCGAAAGCCCGCUCUACACCGCAGCACGAAAGAAGCUGGCCACCUACUUCGCUCCAAGGGUCAACACAGCCUUCGAGGUCUACCGUUUCCGGCAAGCCAAGCAAGUAGAAGGAGAGUCCCUUGACUCAUUUUACGCCAAACUACGACAGCUAGCGCGACACUGCGCCUUCGCCGAUCCAGACACGGAAAUCAAAACUCAGAUCCUGCUGUCUACAACAUCGUCACGCCUUAGCCACUAUGUCAUGCAGCAUGACCUCGAUUUGGAGGGAAUCCUGAAACAGGGCAGGCUAUUUGAGGAAGUGGAGCACAACGUCACCUUGAUGGAACAAGGAAGCCAGCAGCAGCCCAGCGAGAACACAGUGGCAGCGAUAGCAGCGAACGCCAAGCUGUCUUCGCACCACCACCCGUCCAAGCGCCACCAGAAAACCUCAUCACAGCCUCGUGAGAAUUCACGUCAUCAACACCCGGACGCAUCACGCUACAACUGUGGAGGAUCGUGGCCGCACGACGGUGGUAGAUCCAGCUGCCCAGCCAGAGGCCAGUCCUGCCGCUCAUGCCAGAAGGUUGGCCACUUCUCCAAAGUAUAUCGGUCGGCUCCAGUCACCGCCCGUGCUAUACGCAAGAACGCUGGCUCGGACAGCGACGAGUACACUUUCGCAACUGACACUUCACGCGACAUCUCGAGGUCACCGCGUGUGAUUGUGGAAGUGAAUUCACCCUCGAUACAAGAGCUACUGUGUCAACGAUGGGAUCAAGUGACCUGA